AUGAGCCUCCUCUACAGCCGUGGUCUCCAAGCCCCGGGCCGCAGCCAGAGAGGUUCCACCAGUUCAGGUUGUACCAACAGCAGCGAAACUGACACGCAUCGAAAGGAGCUUAAACCUGGAGACCUGAUCGAGAUCUUCCGUGGUGCGUAUAAGCACUGGGCUGUUUAUGUUGGUGGUGGAAACGUUGUUCACUUCGUAACACCCGGGUUGGGUUCAAGCUCCAGCGGUGUUGGUGUUGUUGGUCUGGGCAAAGUGUUGAAGCAGAAGCUGCAGGACGUGGUGGAGAAGGACAAGUGGAGAGUCAACAAUCUCCUGGAUCAUAAUUACCCACCUCGUCCAACUAAUGAUAUCGUGAAGAAUGCCUGUUCACUGGUGGAUACAGAACUGCUGUACGACCUGUUGAAGUACAACUGUGAACACUUCGCCAUUGAGAUGCGUUACGCCAAGCCUGAGAGUCGGCAGGUGAAGGCCACAGUCGCAGGAGUAGCAGCAGGAGCAGCAGUCCUGCUGGGCGGAGGACCCGUCCUGGUGGCCGGAGCUGUGGGAGUUCUGGUAGCACGUGCUUUAAAAAACUAACAAUGACAAUCCAUAAAUGUCUUUUUUAUUAAGUUUAUAAGUUUGGUCAAAUCCACAUGACCUCACUUCAGAAAUGAAGGUGCCACUUCCGACUUGGAAACAACUCACUCAAUAAUGUUUUUCUCUUCAACUGAGGAGGAGCAUGAUGUUUAUGUCAAAGAAAUCAAAUAUUUCAUAUG